UCAAUUUUCUUUCCAAGGAAAAACACAACAGAAAGAAAAAGGAAAUGAGCGAUGGAGAAGGAGAUUGGAGUUUCUAUCUUCGAACCGUAUCGAACAGUGCUAGGGAGUCGAAUGUCUCUAAUGAUCCAGCCUCUGAUCCAUCUUUACUUCACGCGCUGAAAAAGCUCUGCGAUGUUUGCAGACAAGAUGAGAAAUCCUCCGAGGAUUUGGUUGCUAGGGUCUAUCCUCAUCUCAACAAGCUCUUUCAACGAUCCGUUGCUUCCCUCUAUCAAUCUAGCACUUCCAACGGACUUCUCUUACUGGUAAUUCUUCAAUUUUUCCUCGAUUUUGGAGAGAUGGUUCUCCAUGAUGCUGAUCCCAGUCUGCAGAUAUUUAUCCGUUCAUGUUUGACCCGUGAGUAUGCAAAUCCUGCUGUUGCAGCGGCAACUCUUGAUUUUCUAUAUGUAAACAAGAAGAAACUUCUUAUUUCAUUCCCCAACUUACUACCUCAGUUUUUCCCUUUGCUUCUGAAGCUGAUUGCAUGGAAUGGAGAGAAAUUAGAAAAGCCAUUUCUCAAGGUUUUUCCAGGAUUGGUGUCACCUGGGUCAUUUCUCCCAUUAUUUCCAUCUUUAGUGGACCUGCCAAUUUUGGUUGUGGCUCUGGAAAAGGUAGAACGAAGGUCAGGAUUACAAAAGGGAAACAAUGUAGCUUCAACCCAAAAGAGUAAAGCUCCUGAGAUGCUACUUGCUCUCAUGGAUGAAGCUUAUACUGGUACUAACAUUGGGGAUGGAGGGGGAGACUCAUCCAAGGGAAGCAGUACUAGAGAUGCGCCUGAUCCUCUGUUUCGUGAACUUCUCAAAGAUGAAAAUGAUGGCCUUUCUGAACUCCACUGGGCUUCUCCUGGGGUGGCUGCAGUGCUACAGGCUGUAAAGAACAGUCCUCAAUCUGAUAGAUUGAAGCAAAUACUCAAUAUAGCACCUCGGCUUCUUGAUGCGUAUUUUACUAUAGCUUUGCGUGAUGCAAAUAACUCAUUAAUCUGUGCAUUAAUUCCAAUUCUAAUGACUAGAUAUUCCAUGAUGUUUCCCAACAAGAACUACAUGUACAAGACUCGUCAAAGGCUUUUAGAGUUCAUGCUUGCAGCAUUUCAACAUUCUCCGGGUUUUAUUGCACUCUUGAAGAAGCCUAUAAUUGACAGGCUCGGGGAUGUAUAUGAGAGCACAGAAAAGACAGAACUAGCAUUACAACUGUGUUGGGCUGUCGGCGAGCAUGGUGGGGGCGGUGGAGCUCACAAAGAUGUCGCCAGGGAACUUUUCGAAAGUCUAGAGUUGCUUUUGUAUGAAAAUCUUUCAUCUAGUCGUCUAGGUCCGAAGCAGGAAUCUGAGGUCAAUUCUAACCAUAGAAACUUAACAAAGUCAUCGCAAUCAAGGCUUCUAUGUUUUGUAAUCACAGCCAUCGCAAAGCUUGCCACACACCACCGCGAACUACUGCUGAGAGCAAGUGUAGCAUUGGUCAAGGUUGCUCGAUCUCGAAUAUCGGAUUCAAGGGUGAAGAGACGAGCUCAAGAUUAUUUGGGAUUAAUGGAUGAGCCUGGUAUUUGUUUGUCCGUCUUGGGGCCUUCCCGACCUUCGAAUGGACUCGUGCACCAUCCAGGCACUGUCAACUGGAUUGAAGGAGGCACCAAAAUGGUGGCACAUAUUCCGUUUUACAUUCUUGGUGAACAGGAAGGUCCACCCUUCCAUGAUUUUUUGUUUUCAGAUGUUCUUCCGGGAAGACGGUAGCGGCGACCUUAUCAUAUAGAAAGGUCUCGGAGUUCCUAAUUUUAUCGAGUUUCCGGUUUAUAGCCAUUGCAUUAUUCUUCCUUCAUGCUUUGUUUUCUUUUAACUCAUGG